AUGUCCACCUUCAGGCAGGAGAAUGUGGAGGACCAUUAUGAGAUGGGAGAAGAGCUGGGCAGCGGCCAGUUCGCCAUCGUGCGGAAGUGCCGGGAGAAGAAAGGCGGCCUGGAGUAUGCGGCCAAGUUCAUCAAGAAGCGGCGCCUGUCGUCCAGCCGGCGGGGCGUGAGCCGGGAGGAGAUCGAGAGGGAGGUGGACAUCCUGCGGGAGAUCCAGCACCCCAACAUCAUCACGCUCCACGACAUCUUCGAGAACAAGACGGACGUGGUGCUGAUCCUGGAGCUGGUCUCGGGGGGCGAGCUCUUUGACUUCCUGGCUGAGAAAGAGUCCCUGACGGAGGAAGAGGCCACGCAGUUCCUCAAGCAGAUCCUGGAUGGGGUCCACUACUUGCAUUCCAAGCGCAUAGCGCACUUCGACCUGAAGCCCGAGAACAUCAUGCUGCUGGACAAGAACGUGCCAAACCCCCGCAUCAAACUCAUCGACUUCGGCAUUGCUCACAAAAUCGAAGCGGGGACUGAGUUCAAAAACAUCUUUGGGACGCCGGAGUUUGUAGCCCCUGAAAUAGUGAAUUACGAACCCCUGGGGCUGGAGGCUGACAUGUGGAGCAUCGGGGUCAUCACAUACAUUCUUCUCAGUGGCGCCUCUCCGUUCUUGGGCGAAACGAAGCAGGAGACCCUGACGAACAUCUCCGCCGUGAACUACGACUUCGACGAGGAGUAUUUCAGCAACACCAGCGAGCUGGCCAAGGACUUCAUCCGGCGCCUGCUCGUCAAAGAUCCCAAGAAGCGGAUGACAAUUGCCCAGAGCCUGGAGCAUCCCUGGAUUAAGGUGAUCAAGAGGAGGAACGUCCGCAACGAAGACAACUGCAAGAAGCCGGAGAGGCGGCGUCUCAAGACCACUCGGCUCAAGGAGUACACCAUCAAGUCCCACUCCAGCAUGCCCCCCAACAACACCUACGUCAACUUUGAGCGCUUCUCCAAGGUGCUGGAGGAGGUGGCUGUGGCUGAGGAGAGCUUCCGGGAGAUAGAGAGGAACAAGAAGUCCUUCCGGGAGGACAUCGAAGCCUUGCGCUCCAUCUACGAGGAGAAGGAGUCCUGGUACAAGGAGGAGAAUGAGAGCAUCCGCCAGGACCUGCGCCAGAUCCGGCUGGAGCUGCAGAAGACAGAGGCCCUGAAAAAGCAGACCCAGGAGGAGACCAAGAGCACCCUGCUGGUGGCCAACGGGCUCAAGCGGCGCUACCGGAAGCUGGAGAACCGCUAUGAGGCUCUGGCCAAGCAGGUGGCCUCGGAGAUGAAGUUCGUGCAGGAGCUGGUGUGGUCAAUGGAUCAGGAGAAGCUGCAGGGUGGAGAGGGGGACUGCAGCAUCCGUUAG